CGUCUUUUCCUUCCCGGACCUGGUGAGGUACGGAAAGCCGGAAGGGCCGGGCUCAUAGCUCCGCCUCUGGCGCGACCGACGACCGGAGAGCAGAGCUGGGGUAGAGGCUCGCAGAUGGACCUGGUAGUGAGCUGGAGAGCAGCAUGGAGGCGUCCUGGGGGAGCUUCAACGCUGAGCAGGGCUGGUAUGUCUCUGCCCAGCAGCCUGAAGAAGCGGAGGCCGAAGAGUUGAGUCCGUUGCUAAGCAACGAACUUCACAGACAGGGAUCCCCAGGUGUUUCAUUUGGUUUCUCAGUGUUUAAUUUGAUGAACGCCAUCAUGGGAAGUGGCAUCCUUGGUUUAGCUUAUGUUAUGGCUAAUACCGGUAUCCUUGGCUUUAGCUUCUUGCUGAUGACAGUUGCUCUUCUGACUUCUUACUCAGUCCAUCUUCUGCUUAGUAUGUGUAUUCAGACAGCUGUAACAUCUUAUGAAGAUCUUGGACUCUUUGCAUUUGGAUUACCUGGAAAGGUGAUGGUGGCAGGCACCAUAAUAAUUCAGAAUAUUGGAGCUAUGUCAUCUUAUCUUUUAAUUAUUAAAACAGAGCUUCCUGCUGCUAUUGCAGAAUUUUUGACUGGAGACUCUAAUAGAUAUUGGUAUCUUGAUGGACAAACACUACUAAUAAUCGUAUGUGUUGGCAUUGUGUUCCCUCUUGCACUUCUUCCCAAAAUAGGCUUCCUUGGCUACACAAGUAGUUUAUCAUUUUUUUUUAUGUUGUUCUUUGCUCUUGUGGUAAUAAUUAAAAAAUGGUCCAUCCCUUGUCCUCUGACAUUAAAUUAUGUAGAGAAAUGCUUCCAGAUUUCAAAUGCUACAGAUGAUUGUAAACCAAAGCUCUUUCAUUUCUCCAAAGAGAGUGCUUAUGCCCUACCAACCAUGGCUUUUUCAUUUCUCUGCCAUACCUCAGUAUUACCCAUAUACUGUGAACUUCAAAGUCCUUCAAAGAAAAGAAUGCAGAAUGUUACCAAUACAGCAAUUGCUUUAAGUUUUCUCAUUUAUUUUAUAUCUGCACUCUUUGGGUACCUCACUUUUUAUGACAAAGUAGAGUCAGAAUUACUAAAAGGUUAUAGUAAAUACAUACCACAUGAUGUUGUUGUUAUGACUGUGAAGUUAUGCAUAUUAUUUGCUGUGCUUUUGACAGUCCCUGUAAUCCACUUCCCUGCCAGAAAAGCUGUAAUGAUGAUGUUUUUCUCCAAUUUUCCAUUCUCAUGGAUUUGCCAUUUUUUUAUCACUCUGGCACUCAAUAUUAUCAUCGUUUUGCUUGCAAUAUAUGUUCCUGACAUUAGAAGUGUGUUUGGUGUAGUUGGUGCCAGUACAUCAACAUGUUUGAUUUUUAUAUUCCCAGGACUAUUUUAUCUUAAACUUAGCAGAGAGGAUUUUCUCUCAUGGAAAAAGUUUGGGGCAUUUGUUUUGCUCAUCUCUGGAAUUUUGGUUGGGAAUUUUAGUUUAGCAUUCAUCAUUUUUGAUUGGAUUAAUAAAUAAAAGAAAUAUUUUCCUACUUA